AUGAGCAACGCGGUUAAAGCAGCCAGCCAAGCGGGCCUGUUUCUGUUCCGUCGGCUUUCCGCCAAUGCCGUAGAAUUCCUAUUGUUGCACACCAACGAAGCGUCCGGAAGUUGCUUGGGCGAGUGCGAGGAACCCGUCCAAGGUGCUCUGAGGAUUACGGAGUGUUUGACAGGACUCACUAAGUGCGACAUUGACGUUUUCUCAAAGUACAAGUACCCACUCAAAUACACCCACCUCGAAGAUUCGAACGAGAUCGACUUCUUUUUGGGUCACGUGCACAAUAACAACAAGCAAAUCGUGAUCUCGGACUGCCAUUGUGACUACAAGUGGAUGAACUUGGAAUGCGCGUGCAACCGUAUGAAGUACAUCGAGCUGAAACAAAUGGCCAAAUGUUACCAGAACAUAAUCAUCGACAACAAGUUGGGAAACUACACAAUAUAG